CGAAGGCGGGAAAUUUAGAUUCUGGUAAAAAUAACUAUUUUUGAGGAUUUUAAAAACCUAUAGGCACCAAUUAAGCCUGGUAAACAGAAAUGGAAGAAAAAAGUGCUUUCUGCGGCGAUAAAAACUUGCUGAAUUUAAGUUAGUUUGGAAGAAUACUAUUUGAAUAAGUCAUGACAUCUCGAAGGAUUCAGCGAGUUUCCGGGAUUCGUUCAGAAUUCAUCACCAGAUUAACAAAGAAUCGUGUCUUAACUUGUAAGGAUCUGUUGUCAAAGAAUCCACUUGAGCUACUAAAAUUCACUGGUGCUAGUUACAGGGAAGUACAAGAAAUACAAAGAGCUGCAAGCAAGGCUGUUGUACCAAAAGUUUCAACUGCUCUUGAACUUCGACAGAACUCAUCUAGUCAAGCAGCAUUUUUCCCAACCUCUCUUCUACCUCUUGAUAAGCAAUUACAUGGUGGUUUACCAUGUGGGACCAUAUCUGAAAUAACAGGACCUGCUGGUUGUGGCAAGACACAGUUCUGCAUCAUGCUUAGUAUCCUAGCAACCCUACCAGUAGACAAAGGGGGAUUGGAAUCCAAUGUUAUCUAUAUUGAUACAGAAGCAGCAUUUAGCGCUACUAGGUUAGUUGAAAUGGCUGAAAGUCGUUUUCCUGAACUUUUCGACUCUCAGAGCUCUGUGCUGGCCCUCACAGAGAAGAUCCAUGUCUUCUGGGAACCAACCUGCAGUGCCUUAUGGGAAAGGCUACAGACAUUAGAAGAAGAGGUCAUAGCUAAGAAAGUAAAGCUAAUUGUAUUGGAUUCCAUAGCAUCUGUAGUAAGGAAGGAAUUCGAUAGCAGAUCAUCAAAGAAUAUUACUGAAAGGACUAAUUUAUUAUCCAAGGAGGCAGCUAUACUAAAGUAUAUUGCAGAGACUUUCAACAUACCGGUUGUAGUAACCAAUCAAAUAACUACUCGAUACAAUGAAGUAGACCCAUACAGUGACAAAAUCCUUCAAGAAGUGGCCGACUUAGAUGGCGGAGACAUAGAGACUGACGAUGAUGGCUCAAGUCACGUGAUGGCUGCCUUGGGUAACACGUGGUCUCAUGCUGUUAAUACCCGACUCAUUGUCCAGUACUUGGAUGAUUUGUACAGACAGAUUAUAGUAUCCAAAUCCCCAAUAGCUCCAUUUGGUAUCUUUACUUAUACCAUUCAGACCAAAGGCGUGGUGUUGGUGGAGCCAGCCAAAGCUGCUAAGUUGCAUUCAGACAAAGAUCGACUUCAAAGUUCUGGGAAUCCUUCACUUCAACCAAUUCAAGUACGCUCUAGCUUCACCUGGUCGGAUUAAUGAAAUCUUUGGCUAUACUAUAAGUAGAGAGUAAAUACAAAAUAGAGAAAGAAAAAAUGAACCUCAACUUACCAGGAAUUGUAGUGUAACCGAAAGGAAGGUAAACGAGAACAAGAAGUAACCAAGCCGGACGACUGCAGAGCUGGUAAUCAAAUAUUGUUCAGGUAGCUAUCGUUUUUAACUCUAAUUCUAAUUUAGAUUGUUUUGAAUCCUCUUAUCAAACGAUGCCAAUAUUUUAAAAUGUGAAUUCACAGACAAGAAUCUUUUUCUCGAAGGUGGCUUUAUGGUUUAUUUAGACAAUCCAAACGGAGGAUUAAUAUUCAAUAUCAGUGUCUUUCUUGGCUGUAUAUAAAAAAACAUAUAGCCAAAGAGAGAAGACAGGGAAACUCGCAAAUAACACACUAAAGGCAUAAAAAGUAUUAGAAAGGAGUCCUUAAACUAAUCUUUUGUAAUCCUCUGUUUUACUUACUGACUACUUCUAGUUUUUGAUAGAAUGAAUCAUACUUCUUUCUUAGUAAACUAUUUAUUUACCAA